AUGGGAAACUGUUUAAGUUCUCAUCAAAACUCAAAUGAAAAUCAGCAAAAACCGAAUCCUUCAAAAAAGCAGAGCGAGCUACCAUUACAUUACAUUACAUUAGAAUUUAUAUCGCUUAACGUCCACUACGGGGUUACAACUCCAGGUUUAUCACUCGCCUUUCGUCGCAUCGGGCCCACCAGUCUGCUGGAGACAAACUCGCUUCGAUCACCAAGGUGCUUCUGGGGCAAAUGUCCACGUCUUCGACGGCUCAUGGAUGAGCUACUUGCUUGUACAUGGGUUGCUUUUCCGAAAAACCCAAAAAAUGGAUUUUUCUGGUCGGCUAUCGGCAAAAAAGGAAAAAUGCAAAGCCUGGGACGUAACGCCCAGUUUCACGCUAGGGAGUUGCCCGAAUGGUCCAGAGGACUUUGCUGGGCUUCCCCUUUCCAAACCUUGCACCCUCCUUCCCCACGAGGAAAAAUCCACCUCUGAGAAUAGACUAGGGCUAGGCUCUGAAAGCUACCAGAAUUGCUUACCUAGCAUUGCUGUCCAUCUCUGAAAUGGUAAAACCUUGCCGGAUAUAAUUAAAAUAUGAGUCGAGGCUGCAUGGCCGGGAGGCCAUGCCCAGACGAAGACGCCAUAUUUUAAUUAUGCAGAGCGAGCUACCAAGGUCAACAUAUGCAGAUGAGGUAAAGUCGGAAUGCGAUUUAAGAGACUCCUUUAAUAGAAGAAGUACCAAGAAAAAAGCGAUUAAAAUUACGUUUAGGGAUCAGGCUGAGACGGGACAAGAUGCACCAAAUGCAGUUAUUUCUGAUCGUGUUAAGACUGAAAAAGAUAAUGAAUGCAUAUUGGAAGCGCUAGGAAAACAUUUUGUAUUUAAAGGAUUGAGAAAAGAGCUUCAUCAAGCUAUAGUCUCCCAUAUGAAUUAUUAUGAGUUAGGACCUGCAGAGGUGAUUUUUGAACAAAAUCAGUCAGGAAAUAACUUUUUUGUAGUUGAAAGUGGUGAUUUAGAGGUCAUCAUCAAUGGUAACAGGGUCAAAGUUCUCCAUCCAGGGGACAGCUUUGGAGAAUUAGCAUUAUUGCAUGAUUCUGCUCGAAGCGCAACUGUAAAAUCCAUCACAAAAACUGGCUUAUGAGGACUAGCAAGAAGUACUUUUCGAAAAGCCCUUGAAAAAAUUAAUGCAACUUAUUAUGAAGAAAAUAAAAAUUUUGUUAAUACUGUGCCAUUAUUCAAUAUCCUAACCCCAAAACAAAAAGAAACACUAGUUUUUGCGUUGUCAAGCUUUAAGUUUGCAGAUCGAGAAAACAUUGUUAAUGAAGGAGAUCCAGGAGAUUUAUUAUAUAUAAUAAAAGAAGGGUUCGUUAUAUGCACACAAAAAGGCGUUGAAAUAAGGCGCAUGAAUGCAGGCGAGUAUUUUGGAGAUCAAGCUUUAUUAUAUGGAAGCGCAAGAACAGCGACAAUCACCGCAAAUGGCAACGUCACUUGUAUCGCAAUUGGGAGAGAAAAAUUAAUUCGGGUGCUUGGGAAUAACCUGCAUCAAAUUAUUUAUAAAAAUUCCCAAAAAAUUGCUAUUGAUAAAAGCAAAAGUUUAAGUCAGCUGACAACGGAGCAGACAAACUCAUUGAUUGCUGCAAUGGAAAUAAAAACUUUUGAAGCAGGCAUAAGAGUAGUUAGCAGAGGCUCAGUAAAAGGCAGACAACUGGUCAUUGUGCUAAAAGGAAAACUAAAAUAUUCAGAUACCAGCAUUGAAAAAUUUCAGUGCUUAGGCGACGAAGAAAUAACUAAUGAAACGACAGAGAGCUAUGAACAUGAUGUUUUUGCAGACGAAGACACUGAUUGCGCUGUCAUUUCGAAAGAAAAGUUCCAAAAUUGCAUUGGAGGGAGAUAUGCAAAUGCGACAGCAAAUAACGAAGCUUUGAAAGUAAUGAAAAAAAUCCAGUUGUUGAGAGGGUUGAGCAAUGAAAGAUUACAAGCUUUAUGCCGCGUCUUAUAUGUUCAGGAGUAUGAAGAUGGAUUUGAAAUUGUCCAGCAAAAUAGCCCAGGAGAUUCAUUUUUUAUUGUGAAGUCGGGAAAAGUGGAAGUUUACAAAGAUGGACAAAUGAUAAGGACAAUUAAAAAGCUGGAUUAUUUUGGCGAAAGGUCAUUGAUGUUUGAUAAAUUCAGAUCUGCAACUGUCAAAUCUAAAGGACAUUCUUCAUGUUGGAUAUUAAGGAAAUCUGAUUUUUUGAGCACUAUUGAUGAAUCAAUGAGGGCAAGAUUGUUAAAAAGAAUAUUUUUGCAAGACGAUAAAAUAGGAAUUGAUGAGCUUGUGCCUGUCAAAGUUCUUGGGCGUGGCAUGUUUGGUGUAGUUUUACUAACUACUCAUAGGACUAAAGGAUCCUUGUAUGCACUUAAAGCUGUAAAAAGAACAAAAAUUGAGGAAUACCAGCUCCAAGCUAUGAUGCUCCAAGAAAGAAAUAUUCUCAUGGAAAUUGACCAUACACUCAUUUUAAAGCUAGUCAGGACUUUUAAAGACUCCAAGAGGUUAUACUUUUUAUUUGAAUACGUAAGAGGCUUAGACUUAUUUGAUGUUCUCAGAGAACUUGGACUUGUUAAAGAGCCAGAUGCAUUAUUUUAUACUUCUUGCCUUCUCUGCAUCCUCGAGCAUCUUCAUGAAAGAGAUAUAAUAUAUCGUGACUUGAAGCCUGAAAAUGUAAUGAUUGAUGAUGAAGGGUAUCCAAAAUUAAUUGACUUUGGGACAGCCAAAAUUGUUUCAGGAAGAACGUAUACCAUUUUAGGGACUCCGCAUUAUAUGGCACCUGAAAUUAUUAUUGGAAAAGGAUAUGGGAUUGCUGUGGACUAUUGGAGCUUAGGAAUAAUGCUCUAUGAAUUUAUAUGUGGCUGUGUUCCUUUUGGAAAUGAUGAAGAAGAGCCUUAUGAAAUUUACGAAAAAAUUCUUGAAAGAAGAAUUUUAUUUCCACCGUGGCUCAAUAAAAAUGUAGGCGUGAGGUCUGUUAUUGAACAGCUUUUAAGCAAAAAUCCAGCCAUGAGGCAUGGAGGAAGCAUUGAAAACUUAAAAGCUAAUGCUUGGCUUGCAUCGAUUGAUUGGGAAAAGCUAUUGGACAAACUACUACCAACUCCUUAUAUCCCAGAACUUCCAGAUUUAGAUAAAGAAAUUGAAAAAGCAAUUAAAAAUCCGAAAACUAUAGAAAAUAUUCUACAUUCAUUAUUCCCUAUAGAAAUAAAAUGGUGAUGCCGACGGGGGUUGAAUCCGACACGCUCCCUAUGGAGCAGGCAGAAUCCCUCCCAACGAAGCUGAAAAUAGUGCCUCUAUCUCUUUUUGAAGUAGGCCUUCGGAUUUGGGGAUGCUGCCUAAGAGGAAGGUUUGUUUUUCUCCCAAAAAAUUUCCCUGUCCCUGCCAGAUGGGCUAUACAGGUUUUGUCUCCCUUAUAGGGACUAUCGGGGCAUCUGCAAGAGGUAGCUCUGCUUAGGGGUUUAAUACUAGGUAGGUGGGGUUUACUCCAGAUAUAGAAAUUUCCCAUAGAUGGCGCUGUUUGCACUUGAUUUGCCCAUGAAAAAAAUUUUUUUGGUUUGACCAAACCAUAUGGGACUGGUCGAACCAAAAAAUUUCCCCAGUGGACAAAUCAAGGGCAAACAGCGCCAUCUAUGGGAAAUUUCUAUAGGCAGACUAGGGUCUAUCCGCUUAUGGCUUUAUAAUUUUAGCUUUAACUUUAACUUUACUCCCUAUAAGCAAGCAAAAUUUUGCCUGCUCAAAGAGGGGUUAAUUUUUUUUGGCUUAUAUUUUAUAUUAAAUUUUUGUUUUCAAAAUUUAAUAAAAUGCAUAAGGGAUCAUUAUAAUGGCUAUUACUCAUAUUUUAAUUCCAAAUUUCGCUUGCUUAAGAAGGGGGAUUAGAGGAAGAAGAAGAUGCCCAUUCCUCCAGAAAGCAGAAUAACAAUGAUCCUGAAACAUGGGAUGCUGCAUUUUAA